AUGAAAUUCAGCACCAAAACCCUCUACGCUGCCGUGUGCACUGCUGUUGCAAUCAUCGCACAGGCUGCCGCUCUCGAUAUCUUCAGGCCUAAAUCAAGCACCAUAUUAGCGCAAGCCUCGAGCAUCAAAGCCUUGAGCAACGAAUCCAGUCGUCUCGCACCCCAAAUCAGGGACACCAGUGAGUGUACUAAGAAAUGCAAUCAUGAAGCCUAUAAAGAGGCCAAAGAGGCCCAUGAUGCUAAAGAGGAGCGCCUCGUUCUUGGAUCAUGGUUGGAUUGUGUGGUAGAUUGCAAGGAUGUUGCCACAAUCAGUGAAUUUCGGGAGAAACUCGAGCUGAUGUGUCUUGCAUUUGGGGAGGUUUGA